GAGAAGGUCAGCACACAUCUCCGCCCCUCCUCAGCCCCUUGCAACGCUCGUCCAGGAGCAGUACAAGCUAGGUUUGGGUGCUAAGGUGGAAGCAACAAAGAAGGGAUACCCGUGCUACUGUUUUAUCAUACACAGCCGAAGUGUGCAUUGCGACCCUUAGGAGAGGAUACUGCACCUAGCUUCUACCAAUGAUUAGAGAAAACGAAAUGGAAAGAGAAGAAGAAGGGGCUAGUUCUUAUCACGAUGAGAGGGCAGAGCAAAUCAGAAAAAACAAUGAAGUAUUGAGGACAUAUGGGAUUCCUACCCUUGUCAAAGAUUUAAACACUAUUGCGCGUGAGGGAACCAAAAGAAAGAAGAGAAGACUAGAGGAGACUAUACCAGCCACAAAUGGAGUGCUUAGGUCUCAGUCUGCUAGAAUAUCGCAAUCUGAUGCACCAUCUCAAUUUGAUAGACCAUGUAUGUCAGAUAAUGGAGUAGAGAUUGGGAAUGAAGAUGGUGCUGGAGGAGAGGAUAACCAACAACAGAAAAAGAGGGAUGUUUGGAAGCGCACUAGGAUGCAUAGUGUCUAUGAUAGAAAAGGCCAGCCACCGGUUCCAGUGGAAUAUAAUGCGAAAGGACAGCCAGUUUGUGAAAAUGCUUUAGAGUUUUCUAAUUUCCUUUGUACAGUUGUGAAACGUGAUAUCCCUGUAAAAUAUAAGGACUGGAGAGAAGUGAACGUUACAAUGAAGACUGGGUUGAUGACAACUUUAAGGAAAUACUAUGUCGUGGAUGAUAAGCUCAAGGACUGGGUUAUGGGAAGUGCUCACAAGAAAUGGAGAGAUUUCAAGUCAAAUCUGAAAGAGAAGUUUUUUGAGGACAGCAAAACUGAUGAGGAAAUGAAAGCUCUUAGGGAUGACAGAAUAAGCCCUGAAGACUGGGAAGAGCUCAUCAAGUUUUGGAGAAGCGAAGAAGCUAAGAAACGUAGUCAACAAGGCAUAGAAAACCGAUCAAAGCAAUGUGUAAUGCACAAGGCAGGAAGCAAGAGCUAUGCCCGUGUUUCAGAAGAAAUGUUCAAGGAAAAUGGUUAUUACCCUCGUAGAGAUGAAUUGUUUGUUAGAACACACUCAAAAAAAGAUGGAACUCCUAUCAAUGAUGCAGCUGCCAAAGUAAUUGGAGAUAUAGAGAUGGCAAUUGAUACAAAUCCAGAACUAUUAGAGAAAACAAUUGAGCAAGGUGACAUUCUGUCACAUGUGCUGGGCAGAGAGAAAAAUGGCUAUGUUCGCUGCAUCGGUAUAGGCCCGAGUCCUGCAGAUCUUCGCAUACCUGGAGGUCAAAAGCUUAAAUCUACCAAGCUGCAAUUGGCCGAGGAAGAGACCAAACAAGCUUGGCGUGCUAAUGAAGCUCUAAAGGAGCAAGUUGAUGAUAUUCAACACGGUAUACAGCUUCGGAUUGAUGCCCUUACGGAAGAACUUAGCCAACUCAAGAAUUUGAUUGUUGGAAAUCUUACUUCAUAG